UUGGCCACUAGCGUCGCGUGGGUCACGUCUCGGUCUCGCCCAGUCGCCCGCCGUCGUCUCCCUCGGCAAAGCGCGCCGCCGGUAGCUACUUCGCUAGCGCCCCGCGCCCAAGCUAGAGCUAGGAAGGCAGCAGCGCGAUGGCAACCUCUUCCACAACGCAGUACUCCGCCGGCAGGCGGCAGCGAGGGCGAGCUGCAAGGUCGUCCCAGGAGGGGGGCGGCGUCACGAACGGCGGAGACCGAGCGCGCGGGAGGCGGAUCCCGGCGAGGCGAACCGGGCGCGCGGCGAGCAGGAUGCGGAGGCCGGCGGCACAACCUCGCGGUGCAGGGAGUCCGACGAGCUUGCGCUGGAGCUUCAGCACGUGCUUCUCUGCCUGCGGACCUAUGGCGGAGGUGGCCAGCUCGCGAGCCGAAACGAGCUGGCUCGAGCUACCGGCGAGCCGAGCCGAGCUACGUUUUUUGCUUGUUUCUAUAACGAGCCGAGCCAGUUCGUCAUAUAAACGAGCUGCAGCGAGCCGAGCUGGCUCGACAUCCACCCCUAGCCUGACCUGACCGGAUAAAUGCAUCAGCGGCGCAGGCCGGUAAUUACCAGACCAUAAUUCUCCUCGGCCGUGGCCCGUGGGUGAUCGUGCUGUUUUCUUUGAUAAGUUUUUUUUUUUGAUAAGGGGGUGAUCGUGCUGUUGUGCUCCGUUCUCGCUCUUUCUCUCUCUCCUCCCGACCCCAGUUUUAUCUGUUCGUUAUUAAGCAAAGCAUUACCGCACAGAGAAAAACUUACCGUUGCCAUUUCCUUGUGGAGACGAGCGCCCAGGAAGCGAAGAUACCUCGGUGAUCUCCGCCUUCUGCUAUAAAAUCCUCCCAGGAGGAUCUGCUGCAGAGUCCAUUGCGGCGAAGCCACCGAGAAGCGUUGGCACCGUAACUGCUUCAGUUACACUAUCCUUGGCCAAAGCAAGCUAUCUAUUGCGCCUGAGAUUUCCGUGGGAGCAGUCACAUUUGAGAACAACUGAAGACAUGACUUUUAAGUCUAGUAGAUGCUCAGAUGAGAUCUACAAAGAACCUCUUCUAUGCCGGAAGAAGGAAUUCAGAUCAUCUGUAAUAAAAAUCGUUGAUUCAUCCUUGAACUCGAAUUUGCUGCCUGCCGACAGUAUUUGUUCAAUUCCUGCUUCAGAAGAUGAUUUCUAUUUGAACAAACGAAGGAAGAUGGAUGAGGAAUAUGAUCCCCUUCCAACAAAUGGAAAUAUGAGAGAGAGUAUAACGAGAAACUUCACAGCUACUGGAUGUAUCUCAUCUCCAGUACACAGAGUGGAUGGCAAAUCACGUAUGGUUUCUCCAAAUGUAGAAAUUCCAGCAGGACCACAUUCUAAUGGCAAUAAUGGACAUCAGCAGGGGACCUUUGCAUCUCCAAUUGCAAAACCAAUAACAGAACUAACAUCAGCAAGGGACCUUUGCAUCUCCAUCCUCAAAAGUGAAAUAUUCCCCACUAAAGGUUCAGAACUUAGCAGAACAUCAAGUACCAUAGACCAUGAUGAUAAUCAAAGCAGUCCUUUAUUUGAAUGCGUGAGAUGUGGUUCGAUGGAAGAUCCAUCCAAAAUGUUAAUUUGUGAUUGUUGUGAAGGAGCAUUUCAUUUAUCGUGCUGCGACCCUCGUGUCAAGAAAAUACCAGAGGAAGAGUGGUAUUGCCUGGUCUGUAAAAAAAAGAAACCUAAGAGGCAGCGUGGAAAGUUGACGAGUCCCAAACGUGUAUUACCCAAGGACAUUCAAAGGCCUCGCCGAGGUCUUGGUCCUAUUCGAGAUAUGUUGGUGGAUCCUGAAUCAUAUGUAACUGAUGUGAGGAUAGGUAGUAAGUUUCAAGCGGAUGUUCCAGAAUGGUCUGGUCCUAUUUCUAGCAGCAAAGAUCAGUUUCCUGAGCCCACUGAACUUGAUCCUAAUGAAACGACAAUGCUGGGUUGUUUACAACGGUUUGAGGAUAAGAAAACCAGUGUUGGUAAUUGGAUCCAGUGCCGAGAAGUUCUAGACGCAGGAGUUGUUUGUGGCAAAUGGAGGAGGGCACCAUUGUUUGUUGUUCAAUCAAGUGACUGGGACUGUUCAUGUUCAGUUGUUUGGGAUCCUAUCCAUGCUGAUUGUGCUGUUCCGCAGGAAUUGGAUACUGAUGAGGUUCUUGAGCAACUGAAGUACAUAAAUAAGCUGAAAAAACGUCUGGGAAGCAAUCAGAAAUGCUGAAAGAUGUGCACCUGUCAGAUGCGAGUGUGCAUGUUAAGUUGCGUUCUUUGUAGCAGGUUUUGUCUACAGACUGAAGGGGAAGAAACAUACAAUUAGGGCUAGCUUGCACCAGUCAUGUCAGAAAUCGGCAUCGAUACAAUUUUUCUCGGAUGAACUUAGAACCAGAAGAGAUGUACCAUGUGUAUAUAUGCAUCGGCACGACGCCUUCACACACCAAAUGUUCCUUCCAACACCAACACACUGUUAGGUGUCUUGUAAACAAAAUCAAAGCAAAUACAUUCCAAGAACAAGAGGCAUAGCAAAUGCAAAGAAAAGAAGAGUAAAAGGCCGAUGCAGCUGGAAGAUUACUCGAUGAGAUGGAUUCUGAAAGAUAUUUCUUUGUGUGUGAAAGAUCAAAACCAAGGCUGUAUUCAGUGUAUUGUAUCAUGCAGGCCUGAAGCGCCGAUCAAUUUUGUUAGUAGGAGGUGUAAACUGGUGUGUGCGUGUGUGCUUACAGUUUUGUCAUCUUCACACCAGGAACUUUCAUGACUGGAAGAAUGAGUCGCGAUGUAUAGUUUUCUUAAGAAAUCCAAAUCACGAUGUAUGGUUUUCUUCAGAAAUCUGAAUCGCAAUGUAUAGUUCCUGAGAGUGGAGCAGCCAUCGUUCAAUGUU